CAAACAAAGAUAUGAGGAUCUUCACAAAGCUCUCUGCACCAGUCUGCCUCCUUUUCUUCUUCCUCUGUCUUAAAACUGCCUUCUCAUCCUCUAUGCAUGCUUCUUCCUUCUCAACAACGCAUCUCUGCUCUCAUGAGGAGGCUCUUGCUUUGCUGCAAUUCAAGACAUCCUUCUCCAUCGAUUACACUGUUCCGUAUCCAAAUUAUCUAGAUUAUUGUGUGGAUCAGUUUUAUACCAAACCUAAUUAUUCUAAGAUUGAGUCAUGGAAGGAAGGUAUAGAUUGUUGUUCUUGGGAUGGGGUUAGCUGUGAUAAUGUCACAGGCCAUGUAAUUGCCCUUAAUCUCACCUGCAGUCACCUUUCUGGCACCUUUCCUUCCAACAGCACUCUUUUUCUCCUCAAAAACCUGCAGAGCCUCAAUCUUGCUUUCAAUGAUUUUAGGCUUUCCAAGAUUCCACCAGAAAUCAGUCAGGUUACUAGACUAAAGCAUCUUGAUAUCUCUGAUUCUCGAUUUUCGGGCCAUGUUCCGGGAGAAAUUGCUCACCUCCCCAAUGAGGUGAGAGAACUUGUGCUUCGUGAAGCGAACAUGAUAUCUGUUAAUCCUCGUUUCUUCAUGAAUCUCUCUUCUUCAUUGACUACUCUUAAUCUUUUCGAGAGUGCGUUAAGAGGAAACUUUCCAAACAGUAUUUUUCGCUUUCCAAAUCUCAAGAGAUUUAGUUUAGGUGGAGAGGGAACCCUCACUAUUGAUCUUCCAAGUUCCAAUUGGAGCAGUCCUCUCCAACAGUUGUAUUUAUGUGAUAUGGAUUGCGGAAGGCGAUUGCCAGAGUCUAUAGGAGAUCUUAAGUCAUUACAGUAUCUGGGUCUUUACUGCUACUUGGAAGGUUCCAUUCCAGCUUCCAUAGGUAACUUAGGGCAACUUACUAUCCUAGACCUCUCUUCUAACCAUCUUAGCGGACAAAUCCCAUCAUCACUUGCAAACCUCACCCAACUUACCUCUCUUGACCUUUCCUAUAAUCAGUUUUCUGGUCCCAUUCCAGCUUCCAUAGGUAACUUAAGGCAACUUACUAGCCUACUGCUCUAUUCUAACAAUCUUAGCGGACAAAUCCCAUCAUCACUUGCAAACCUCACCCAACUUACCUCUCUUGACCUUUCCAAUAAGCAGUUUUCUGGUCCCAUUCCGGCUUCCAUAGGUAACUUACGGCAACUUACUACCCUAUACCUCUAUUCUAACAAUCUUAGCGGACAAAUCCCACCAUCACUUGCAAACCUCACCCAACUUACCUCUAUUGACCUUUCCUAUAAUCAGUUUUCAGGUCCCAUUCCUUUUCAUGCUAUUAGGUUUUCCAAACUAAGCCAGCUAGACUUAUCUUAUAACUUACUUAAUGGCACGUUGCCACCUUGGAUUUUCACCCUACCUUUGUUAGAGCAGUUGUAUCUCAAUCAUAACCAAUUUCAAGGUCAAAUAAAUCAAUUCCAGCAAAACUCACUCACAUACCUAGUAGAAGCUGACAUGUUCUCGGCACUUCAAAAUCUGGAAACCAUCUUUCUUUCAGACAAUAAUUUGUCCUUGAGAAUGAAUGUCAAUGCCAACUUCACAUUACCCAAAUUAACUCAUGUUUCCUUUUCUUCUUGUAACUUGAGUGAAUUCCCCAAUUUCAUAAGACAUUCAAAUGGUCUGCAAAGCCUAGUGCUAUCCAAAAAUAGCAUUCAUGGAAAUAUUCCCGAAUGGAUAUGUGAAAAGGAUGAUCUCAACAUUCUUGACCUUUCUCAUAACAAUUUAAUCGGGAAGAUUCCAAAUUGUCUUCUUAAGUCUCUCUCAGUGUUGAAUUUGCAGGCCAAUUACUUCGGUGGAAAUGUACCAUUUGGGCCUCCAGAGGGCUGUGGAUUACGAAACCUCAACUUACAUGGAAAUCAAAUGGACGGGCUAUUACCAAGGUCUUUGGUGAAUUGUAGCAUGUUAGAGGUUCUAGACGUUGGCAACAACAACAUAGAGGAUACAUUUCCUCAUUGGUUGGAAUCUCUACCAGACCUUCAAGUGCUUGUCUUAAGCUAUAACUAUUGUGGGGUUGUCAAUCGACCCUCUUCAUUUCCAUCCAAGUGUUCCUCUUUUGUGCAACACAAUCGAAAUUUGAAAUUCUCAAUAAGAUUAUCAUCCAAAAGUAAUCACUUCCCAUGUUGUGUAGUCUCCAGCUGUUUCAAUCCGUCCAUUUUGGUGGAAUUUACAGUUCAUUUGAGAUCGUUAAGCGUAGAAAGCAAUGAUCUGGGUGGUGACCAAGGUGAGGUUUUAGGCCUGGAUUUGGAGUCUCUGAAGAUUUUGCUGAAGCGGGGAGUCUAUAUUGGGGCAAUGCUUUAUUGUCUUUCGGUUUUCGCAUGCAAGAGAGUGCUCGCGAUGGAGGGAGUGGUGAAUGUAGGGUACGGAGUGAUUGAGCAGUGGGCAUUGUUGUUGAGGAAUGCGUGGCCUAAGGUUUCUAUGGUUCCUAAGAUUUUCAAAGAGCAAGGUGUGAUUUUGACUGCACUUUUAGGUCUAUCUGCAUUCUUCUCAAUGGCAGAGCCUUCUAUAACUACAACUCUGGCCAUGGAAGUUUUGCGUUCUUGGUUUGAAGAUUGAUAGCUUCUUAUAAUUAGUGAAUAGCAAUUGAAAUCUAAGUUUUAGUAUGGAAACAUGAACAAAGUUGAAAAAGAUAAAUAUAUGAAGUUGAAGAACAUUCAUAGUUAUUGAUUGUUAGUGUUUCAGUAAUUUUGUGUUAUGGCUUAGAUAAAUAUAUGAAGUUUGUGCCUUGUUUGCCUCUUUUUGUGCUCGUAUGUAACUCAUUGUGAAUUUGUAGUAAUUAGAGUAAAGGGCUUAAAUUUGUUUUAGGAUAAAUCUCUUUAAGUUAGCUCCUGUGUUGUAGAGUUCCUUGUUACAAAGUUUUGUACUUCCUUUGUAAACAAUAAAGGAAGAAUGAAUAAGAAAUCAUGUUGGGUAACUCUAAUAGACUCCAGAAUGAUCA